AUGUCUGCUGUGAAGAGAUCCUUUGCAGACUUGAAAGUUGCCAAGUUUGUCAAAAGACAUAAGAAGGACGCUAAGAACCCUGUUGAUGAAAAUGGUGUUUCUAAUUGUAUUGUACGUAUACCAAUUUCAUUAUAUGUCUCUUUAGCUCCUAUGUAUAGUUGCAAUCCAUUGCAAGGUAUAAUGAAACAACAUUUGAAUCCAAUGGUUAUGAGAUAUAACAAUUCUGUUAAUGGUGUUGUUUUAGGUUAUGAAAAUUUAAAGAUACUAGAUUCUGACCCAUUAAAUGAAGAGUCCUCAUCUGAAAAAUUGAUUAAACUGACUCCUGAUACUCCAUUUGGUUUCACUUGGUGUCAUUGUGACUUAUACGUCUGGCAACCUAAUAUCGGUGAUUUCUUAGAGGGUUGGAUCUUUAUUCAAUCUGUCUCACACAUCGGUUUAUUGAUCCAUGAUGCAUUUAAUGCAAGUAUUAAGAAGAAUUUUAUUCCAGAAGGUUGGACAUUUGUACAAAAUGAAGAAAUUGAUAAUGCUUCACAAUCUGGAGAAAACCAAAAUGACGAUAAAAAAUCAAAUUUCUCUUCCUCAAUGGGCUAUUGGGUUGAUGAAAAUGGUGAAAAGAUUGAAGGUAAACUAAAAUUCACUGUCAGAAAUAUCUAUACAAAAGGUAAAGUUGUGUCAAUUGAUGGUACGCUAGUCAAUGAUACAUACGAUAAAAAUAGCUUGAAUUCUCAAGUUGAAAAUUUAACUGUUGUAUCAAACAAGAAAAUUGUUUUCGAUGAAGAAGUUUCCACUGAAAAUAAAGAGAGUAUCAAAGAAUUAGAAUUACCUGAAGUUAAAGAAAACGAUGGCGAAGAAUUAGUAUACGAACAAAACACAAGUGAUAGCGAUGAGGACUCUAGCGAUUCAAAUUGA